CGCGCGUUGAUGACGUCACACGCUCGCGUCCAGCGCUAAGUAGCUAGAAGAUUCGAAGAGCAAAGCAAGAAAGUGGCUAUCUGACGUUUUCUUUUCGCUUUUCGCUGCUUUUCGGGAUUCCAGCCAAAGACAGCGGGUCUCCUCACCCUGUGUUCUAGCUCACUCGGAGCCCUCCUCCUGGGAUCAUGUCGGACACAAAGCGCCUGGCCUUCUCCAUCCUCCAGUUCCUCCAUGACCAGCUGCAUUCUGGCAGCCUGACGUCCGACGCCAAGGAGAGUCUGGAGGUGGCCGUCCAGUGUUUGGAAACCGCGUACGAGAUCUCCACUGACGAUCAGAGUCUGGCUGUGCCCAUGACGCUACCGGAAAUCUUCAACGACGCCACAGCCAAGUUCCCAGCGCAGUCUCAGGCCAACAACAACGCAACCCCCAACUGUUUAAGCGAUGAGCAGAGAGCGGAGGCCGAAGCGCUCAAGUCAGAAGGAAAUGAACAGAUGAAAGUGGAGAAUUAUUCGGCUGCAGUGGAGUUCUACUCACAGGCCAUCGCCCUCAACCCUCAGAACGCUGUGUACUACUGCAACAGAGCGGCCGCCCUCAGUAAACUGGGGAACUACGCAGGAGCAGUACAAGACUGUGAACAGGCCAUCAACAUAGACCCCAAAUACAGCAAAGCAUACGGACGCAUGGGUUUGGCGUUGGCGAGUCUGAACAAACACACAGAGGCCGUGGGCUACUACAAGAAAGCCCUGGAACUGGAUCCAGACAACGAGACCUACAAAUCCAACCUGAAGAUCGCAGAGGACAAAAUGGACACCUCCAGCCCGACGGCGGGAAUGGGAGGGGUCGAUCUGGCCGGUCUCCUCAGUAACCCCGGCUUCAUGAACAUGGCGUCGACUUUGAUGAACAACCCUCAGGUCCAGCAGCUAAUGUCGGGAAUGAUGUCCGGAGCCAUGGGAGGAGCACCUGGACCCGGACCUGCAGCGGCGGCGGCCUCAGCUUCGUCAGGCGACCUGAGCGGACUCAUCCAGGCGGGUCAGCAGUUUGCACAACAGAUGCAGCAGCAGAAUCCAGAACUCAUCGAACAAUUGAGGAGUCAGAUCCGAAACCGAACGCCAAGCGCGAGCAAUGAGGAGCAGCCAUGACCCCGACAAGAGAUUGGACCAUUUCAAAGCCGAAGUCGUCUUUUUGCAGAUUUGGACUCCGGGGGGCGUAGUUUCCAUCUCUGUAUAUUUCCCGCAUGAAGAGAGCGUUGAGAAGGAGCCUGUGUGGUUUUUGAGGACAGCGUUCAGCGCUUUGAAUGUCCACUCUCUCAUUUUAAUACGACUAAACUCAUGAUGAAACACAUAUUUAACUCCAAAUGUUUUCUUUAAAAACUACACAGUGGAAGUGCUUCUCUGAGCUGUCUGCAGAUGUCCUGGUUUAUGUGUGAGUGACGCGUGAAUGUGAACGAGUGAAUAGAGGCAGAGGUCUCCAGUUUGAAAAAUUAAAAUGCAUCUCAAGAUUUUACACCUGUCUCAAUGUCUCCCACUGUUUUUUUUUCUGUUAAAGGUCCACUACGGAACUUUUCCAGUGGAGGGAUCACAAUUGUUUGUAUAAAGGUAGACGCUGCCAUGUAGUGUUGUCACGAUACUAAAAUUUCAAACUCUAUUUCGUUACCAAGUGUUGUACACAGGGGCGGCGCCAGGGAGAACUGGAGGGGGCACGAGCCGCCCCUGGAACGGCCAAUGCCCCAGAACCGCCAAAGAUUUUGCCCCAUUUUCAUCGCACAACUCAACUCAAACAUGGUGUACGGUGGGGGGUACGCUCCAUUGUUAAAGGCUCUAAAUUAACAUGUGUAGUGAGCACCCACACUGGAGCCCGUAGCCCCCCCUUUAGCUGCUCCAACCAUAAAUGUCUGGCUCCGCCCCUGGUUGUAGAAUAAACUGUAGUAACCCGAGAGUUAAGAGAAGAGAUGUGAUGCUGGAGUUUUAGUUUAGUUGCCAUGAGAACAGGACCUAGCCCGCGGAUACAUGAACCCUCAACACACAGUGACUGUUGUCUAUUCUAGUACAGUCCCGUCUGGCUAUGCUUCCAAUGUAGGGAGUAUUAUACCUCUGAUGACGUAAGCCGGGAUGAGAAGGACUGAGCUGCAGUGAGCGCCUCGGUACAGCACAGAAAUGGUACUUCUCUAACACUAAGGAAUAGAUACUUCCCACUGUGAGUAAGUUUACGAGUGACAAAAGCUUUAAGUUGACAUUGUGAUUUAAACAUUUGUGUUUCUUGCUCUUGAUAUGAUUUUAGUUUGGAUCGUGUUUGUGUCUGUUUAAAAUGUCCAGAUUUUGUGCAUUAUUUGAUGUUUUGUCACGUUCACCAAAAUUAUAAAUCAGAUACGUCCUGACUGUUAUUCUUU